AGAACUGCUCUACAUGAGGCAGCAUCCCAUGGCAGGGCCUUACAGUUGAAGCAACUCAUUGAAAAUGGAGCAUCUAUUAACAUUGUGACUGUGGACAACAUAACUCCACUACAUGAUGCUUGCAUACAGGGUCAUCCAAACUGCGCCAGGCUGCUGCUGGAGGCCGGAGCCCAGGUAGAUGUACGGACUAUACAUGGCAGCACUGCUCUUUGUAAUGCUUGCGCUUCUGGUAGCCUAGAGUGUGCCAAGCUACUUUUACAGUAUGGAGCCCAAGUGAACCCAUCUCUCACAGCCCUUACUGCUUCACCUCUUCAUGAGGCAUGCAUACAAGGAAAUGUGGAAGUUGUGAGGUUGAUGAUAGCCAGUGGCGCUAAUCUUGAGGCAUUCGACGUCCACUUUGGCCCCCCCCUUCACAUAGCCUGCGUUAAAGGACAUGUGGAUUGUGUUAAGGAGCUGCUAAGAGCAGGUGCAAGGGUGAAUUCAGUGAAGUUCCAUGACACUGCUUUGCACCAUGCAGCUCGAGCGCAAAUGGUGAACAUGAUCGAUACACUGGUGGAAUUUGGAGCCAACGUGUACGCUAGUGACAACCUUGGAAAAAAACCUGUGCACUACACAAGUCCUACAUCUCCCUCUUAUUUCUCCCUCUGCUUUUAUGAAAGUAAUCCACUGAGUCUACAGCAGCUUUGCAGGAUUGCUUUGAGGAUGAUGCUGGGUACCAAGGCAACUGAGGUGAUGCGUCAGCUCAGUAUAUCCCCCCGCAUCCAGAGCUACCUUCAGUAUUGUGAUCAUCCCACAUCACUGAAGCGGCUGUUUACAAACAACGCCUCGCGUUGUUUUUUCGCCGACACCAACAAUUCUGGGACAGGAGACGGGCAGAGGAUGGAGAUAGAAAAUUUUCAGUCAUAUUGCUUUGGAGACAUUGGCAGUUGGGCAGAAAGAACUGAAGUACAUAAGGCAGCAUCCCUUGGUCAGACUUCACAGUUGCAAGACCUCAUCCAGGGUGGGGCCUCAGUUAAUGUGGUUGCUGUGGACUCCAUCACACCCCUUCAUGAAGCCUGCCUACGAGGACAGGCCCAGUGUGUGCAGCUGCUGCUGGAAGCUGGAGCCCAGGUAGAUGCGAGGAAUGUGGACGGAAGCACCCCGCUGUGCGAUGCCUGUUCAGCUGGUAGUUUAGAGUGUGUUAGGCUUUUGCUGGAGCACGGUGCUAAGGCCAACCCUGCCCUCACUUCCCGCACAGCUUCCCCUCUUCAUGAGGCCUGCAUGGGUGGUAACUCAGACUGUGUGAAGCUUCUGAUUACCAUGGGUGCUGGUCUCGAGGCGUAUGACCUUUACUAUGGGACCCCUCUGCAUGUGGCUUGUGUAAACGAGCAUACGGACUGUGUUAAAGUUCUUCUCAAUGCAGGUGCUAGGGUGAAUGCUUCAAGGCUACACGAGACUCCACUUCACCACGCUGCUAAAACCAUGCGAGUGGAGAUGAUUGAGAUACUCGUGGAGUUUGGGGCCAACAUCUAUGCAAGAGAUCAGCACAACAGGAAACCUUUGGACUACACUACUCCGGGUUCUCCCUCUGCAGAUUGUUUGCAGUUUUAUGAGGCCACUCCUAUGAGUCUCCAGCAGCUCAGCAGAUUGGCUGUGAGGAAGAAGCUUGGAACCACAGCACUAACAGUCUUAGCUCAACUUGAUAUGCCAAAACUUAUCAUUAAUUACCUUUGCUAUCAGUGAGUGGCACAACCUACAAGAAGAGCAGGGUUAGUUUAAAAAAAAAACAAUGACUGUGAACUCAAAGUGGCCAAACAAUUGCAGCAAAACCGGUCUUGCUGCCAACACCUGUUGACAAACCUUAAAGUGUACAGCACAAUGGUAUUGCAUGUUUUUAAAACUGACCUGAAAGUGCAGCGUUAGACUGGAGGCUGUUUGGAGGCGGUUGAAGUAUUUUUCUGACGUCAGAUUAAAAAAGAAAAUGGAAAGAAGCUCAACAUCACCCAUGUGUAGCACUGGGAUCCUUUUUUGUCUUAAGAAUUAACUUAAUUCUGAUAUUUAUAAAUUCUUAUUGUGCGUUUUAAUAGCACUUUGAAUAUCCUGACUGGAGAAAGCAGGAAAAUAUAGGUACUCCCAGUUGUAGUACCAUUAGAAAUAAAUGUUUUUUUGCACAAAGUUUGUGCGAAAAUGUUCCACAUUAUUGUAAUUUGGCAGCUUGGAAAAACCAAUAACACAAGAGGUUGUAUCUCCUAUCCUGGUGUCAAAGCCGAGAUUCAGACAUAACAUCUGAACUGAUUUGUACAGUAUAAUUAAAGGCAUAUUUGGAGUUGUAUAUAGCCCUAAACUCCUUUAACAGCAUUACUUCAUUAGCUUUUUUGGCCAUUAAUGGUUUACCGAAAUGGCCAAACAUUACCUCUUAGACUUAAUUUUUAUUGUGAAGUUUCUUACUCGCAUUGGAAUUGGCAACAAUUACAUCUAAUAAUUGCAUAUUAAAAGUGUUGUCUUAACAUUUAACAAAAAACAAAUCAUUUAUCAGAUACCACUUGAGAAAGGAAUAUUCUAGAAAUAAAAAAGAACUUUGGAUACAAAGUCAUUUUAACAGAACACAGCACAGUGCUCACAGAAGAGAGGAGCAGAAGUGAUAUAGUCUUUAAGAGAUGAGUUCAAUUCAGCGGUCAAAUUUUCUUAAGUAAAUGCUACCAGAUCAAAUAUUGCUGGGCAAAUACAUAAUAGCUGUGACUGUAAUUGCUUUGCAGAAGUAAGAGGAAACAGAUCGAUCCUCGCUUUUUCUCUUGCAUUUUACACAUAUUCUAAAUGAUAGAAAGGCUAUAAUCUAUGGGAGACAUCAGUCCCUGCUGCCAAUUCAAAGCUCAGUGCCUGUUGCUCCAUCAGGUCUACUUAUAGACACAGCCCAGGGAGCUCAGUGGGGUCCCGAUAUUUUUAGCCAAGGCUUGCAGGUUUGUUUAUGAAUUCCUCUGUGCUUCAGGUUGCUUCAGUGUUUUACGCAUAGUUGACAUGGCCUAUUUUCCAUUUUCUAGUUCCAUACCUUUGUUUUUUUAAUCUUCUUUCUUAAAGGUCAACAUACAGUGACAUAGAUAUGUUGCAUUGAAUCAGACUGCUUUAGUAUGAGAUACUGAGAUAGAAGUAUUCACAUCUGUCUGGAUCAUGGUGCCAGAGUGAGCACAGAGUGCUCUGAAAUUUGGCUGCAAGUCAUUCAAAGCUGGGCCUAUAAAUGGUAUGGAAGUUCAGAUUUCAUGGAUCAUUCUUUGACUCUUAUACUCACAGGUUUUCAAAAAUACAAAUGGGAAAUCAGUUUGAAAGUUCUGCAAAAUCCACUGAAGGGCCUGACAAAACAUAGAUCAAGGAAUAUAUGAAUGUCAAGUUAUCUAAUAUGAGAAAUGUUCCCUGUUUCAUUACCUUUAACCAAAGUUUGAAAAUGUGGUUAGUUCAAAAUCAAUUAAUUUACUGUCCAAAAGUAUUGCUGUGAAUAUGAUGUAUGUCUUGAUGAUUUAUUGAAUUAUACAGCUGACCUGUUUUUAAUGUUUUUGCAUCAAUAUCUAUUUCAUACAAUAAAACCUAAGCUGAGCCAUUUGUGAUAUUCUCCUCAGGGUUCUUUAUUUCAGUCUACAGUAAAUCUAGAAGCAAAAACCAAGAGCAGUACUUGAUUGAUGAACAUUCUGCCAUUGUGUGUUAGUGUAUAAAAAGUGUAUACGCUAUUUUUAAAUUAUAUAUACAAUGGCAUGGUGCAUCAGUUUGACAAAUACAAUUCAUUUAGA